AUGUCAGACCAACUGGAGCAACAGCAACAGCCUAUUGGCCAAGCUGAAGUAUCUCAAGAUGUCGCUCAGGUCAAUGGUGAAGAAAAGGUAGAGGAUCAACCUGAAGCUGUUCCUUUACCCCCUCUGACUAUCCGCUUCCCAACUCCAACAUGUCCUCGUACGGUGCCAAAGGCCAAGGACUCUUCGGAACCCCGCGAUCGACUCACCAUCUACCCUCAACCUACGGAGACCAUGCAGGACAUCAAGCUGCUGAUCAACGACUGGGUGGGAGCAUACUGGCUUGGACCAUACUCUCUAAGAUUACCGUUCGUCAAGGGCGAUGACGGAAGAGGGAAGGUCUUCACCAAAAAGGAAGAUCUUAGCGAGAUUAGGGCAGGAGAGAGAUUGAAUGAGUGGUUGGAAGUUCAAGAUGCUUUUACCCACCUCGAGGAGGACGGUGAGAGGGUAUUGGAGGUUGUGAAGGAACCUUACGGAGAAUUUACCGCUCGUCAAUCUGUCCUCCGAAUACUUGAACUGAUCGCUCCUGCUGGUACCACCGCCAACACGACGACCACUCCCAUCGCCCUUCAACCUGGAUCCACAAUCUUCGAAUCUGUUCGUGAUGGAGUCUUGUCGUUAGGUGGUGAGACCCAGUAUGAGGAAGUAGAGGUAUCCUUGCCAAGUGGACGAAAAGGUAAAGGAGGCAAGAAGGAAUUGGUGAAAGUGAAAAGAGCUGUUUCCAAUGAUAAAUCACAUGCUUUUUCAGAUUGGAAAGGAUCCGAAGGAUGGGCAUCAACGAAACUUGGAGAAUUACCUUUCUCACAAUCGCCUUUGGAAGUUCUACCAUGUUUGAAAUCUAUCCAGAUCUCCCCUUUCAAUCCUCCACCACCACACUUGCGUCAAUUAGGUCAUCAAUUAUACCUCCAAGUCGCUUUGUUAGAAGGUGAAACCGUUACGAUCAUCUGUACCACUAGAGGCUGGUAUGUUUCGAAAUCGAACGUCAACCAAUUCGAUCCUUCCCCCAGAACAGAUAACAAUGGCUCAAACCCUCCACCUACUCACUCCUUGAUCGAUUUGUUACACUCCUUGUCGCCUCUCUUCUCGGAAAGGCUAUCUAAGUUGUCACCUCUAUCUACCGAACCACCUUCUCUCGACCCCAUUUCGACUGUCGCUAUUCCCCAAGCUGAGCCCGCUUAUCCAUGGUUAACAAACAUCCCUAAGCCUGCCACCUCGGCGGAAAUCCUUAGAACCCAACUAGCAUUCUUACACACCGGUGCUUAUGGUGCUGAUAGUGUUGAUGCUGCCAGGGACUGGAAUGAGGAAAUCCAGGGCAUUAGAGAACUGCCCAGAGGAUCGAUGCAAGAGAGAGUAUUUAGAGAGAAGAUGUUGCAGAAGGUAUGGGCGGAAUUUGAUCAAGCUGCUAUACGAGCGGUACAAACCGUCUCAAGAGGUGAUAUACCUGCCAUCAACCCAUCUGAAGAUCCAAAAGCUCACAUGUAUCUCCAAUCCAACAUCUUCAUCACUCAGGGUGACUCCGAUGCCCUCAACGCUUAUGGCCACUUGGGCGGUGAUGCAGCUAUGCGAAUCUCCCAUGGAAAGGACGCAGCCGGUGUCAAGUUGUUGAAUAAACUGGACGUUGACGGUCUGUACAUGCUUGGGCAUACCAUCGUAGAUUGGCAAGGUAAACGAUGGAUCUGUCAAUCCAUCUUACCUGGUAUUUUCUCCAACCGUAAGAAGGAGGAAGAAGAGGGAGAUCAAGAGUCCAACUCAGCAGAAGAUGGUGAAGCCCAGAAGAAGGAAGAUUGGGUCAAAGUUGGUGAUUCGCCUACGAAAGCUUCUGCUGAUAAAUCUGUGGAUGUCGGAGAGCCUGGCCAAACGGACGUCGAAGGUGAAAACGAGAAUCCAAUGAUGAUCUACGGUAUCGAUUCUGAAAACCCCACUUCAGUCCACUGGGACAAAGCUACUCAUAAAUUGAUGGCUACGGUUGGUCAAGCGCAGAAACUCGCCGCUCACAAGAUCAAGGACGGAAAGGGCGUUGAAUACGAAUUUUACGCUAGUUCAGAAGUGAAAGGAUUGAAGGGUACAGAUGGAAGGAGAUAUCUUCUUGAUGCUCAAAGACUGUCACCUGUCGAUAUUGAAUGGUUGGAAAAGGAUUAUGAGAUUGAAGGUGCUAAAUACCCACACAGAUUGACGAUGCUUAGACCCGAAUUGUUGGAAACUUUCUGGGAGUCAGAGUUGAAGCGAUGGGCUAGAGGUGUAGCUGAGAAAGCUAAAGCUAAACAAGAUGAACAAGCUUCGAAAGACAAAGCGCAAGAAGCUGGACCAUCUACCACCGACGAGGAUAAGCCAGAAGGUCAAGCUUCAGAUGAAUCGUCUACACCUAAAGAAGAACAAUCACCUGCCGCUGAAGCCGCGGCUGCCCACAGAGCGGAGGAAGAGAAACCUGUCGAUGCUAGUGUGAUCGGCGAUAUCAAGCAAUUCGAACUGAAGUUCAACCCAGAUGCUUUCGUGGAUCAGAUCCCAUCGAAAGAUUCUACUACCUCAGAUGAUCAACCUUUCUUACCGUCCACUAUCACCGAUGAGUCUGAUCCGUCUGUCAAAGCUGUACGAGAUGCCUCUGUUUUCCUCAGAUCCAUCGCUAUCCCCGCCGUCGUUUUGGAUGUUCUUACCGGCAACACUUCGGGUCUCAUGGAUGGUGCUUCCUUGACUAAGCAUUUGCACGGAAGGGGUAUCAACAUGAGGUAUCUGGGUCAUUUAGCCAACACCAUCAAACAGUUCUCUGCUGGGCCAGAGGGUGAGGCCAGGAAGGAGACUGGUCAUCUUGCUGCUUUGAAGGCAAUCGUCCUUCAAGAGAUGAUAUUCCGGGCAUCCAAGCACAUCCUUCGAACCCUCAUCUCCAACCUUCAGCCUGAAACCACCACCUACGCUGUCUCUCACUUUUUGAAUUGUCUUCUCGGUUCCUCGUACAACUCUUCGCCUUCAGCCACUUUCAACCCAAUCGGUAUCUCCGACAGAGAAGAGCAACCUGAAUAUACCAAACUUACUCCUGAAUCAUUGCGAAAGGCUAUAAUCGAUGAAGUCAAACUUAGAUUCAGGUUCACUGUGGAAGAAGCUCAUUUUGAAGAAAGCUUGAAGAAGAGACAAUUGCUUAGAGAACUCGCUGUCAGAUUUGGUAUACAGCUCGCUCAGAGGGAUUAUGUCUUUGACAAAGAUCAAGACUCAUCUUCGACCGAGGACGAGAAGGACAUCAAACAGUUGAGAGAUAGGAAGAACAAGAAGAACAAGGUACCUGUACAAAAGAGACUGAACACCUUCGAGCCUGAAGAUAUAUUGACACUUGUUCCUGUGGUCAAAUCCACUGCUCCUACUGUAACUGUUGCUGAAGAAAUACUCGAAGCCGGACGAAACACCAUCAACCGAGGCUCUAUCGACCUUGGUCUUGAGUUCAUGCUGGAAGGAUUACAAUUAUACGAGAACAUCUACUCGGUAAUCCACCCUGAGGUAGCCUCGGUAUACAACCAGUACUCUCAAGCGAUCCAUCAAUUGGCACGAUUGAAGAUCCAACAAGUCGCUGCUCAAGCUGCUGCCAACCCAGAGGGCGCUGCUGAUCCAGAGCAGCCAUUGGGAUUGGACAUCUCCACCGCGCUCAGAUUGCAAAGACAAGCUAUCAUCGUCGCUGAGCGAACACUUGGUGUUUAUCACAGCGAAACCGCUGGAUAUUACUUCAACCUCGCCAUGUUGGAGAAUCUUGAGGGUAAUCCCCAACAAGCUCUCAGAUACUUCAGACAUGUUUUGAGACUUUGGGAUGUCAUUCAUGGACCUAAUCAUCCGGAGAUCAAUACUGUUUUGAGUAACGCCGGAGUCGUCCUCCAAGCAAUCAACGAGACCUCCCUCGCCCUUGUUCUUCAACAACAAGCUUAUGAUUCCACCUUAUCUCUUUUCGGUGACUCCCACAUACAAACGGGUCAGGUUCUCCACCAACUCACUCAAUCUCACUUCCUCGCCGGAGACAUGGCUGCUGCCUUAUCCACAUCGGAGAAGGCUCUUGACAUCUUCAGUGCUAGAUUAGGUGAAGAGCACUCGCAGACUCAGGAAGUCAAGAAGAACGUCGAGCUACUCAGAGCUGUCAUCGACAAUGUUGAGAAGCAAAAAGAGAGGAAUGAGCAAUUGAAGAAGGAUCAACAAGAACGAUUGAAAGCUGCCAAGGAACGAAUCCAACUUACUGGUGGAGGUAUAAAGGGCAGAAGGAUUGGUAGUACCCUCGCAAAUGGAUCUGGUUCAGGUGGAGUACGAAUCGUUGACCCCACUACUUUAGCUGCUGCUGCUGCUGCUGCUGGACAUCCCAUAGAUGCCAGUGGACAAUCUGCUGCUGCCUCCGCUUCGUCGGCCGAGGGACAAGGCCAAGUGUCCGAAGGAUCAAAUAUCGGUACCAGGGGUACGGAAAGUGUCGAAGAGUUGGUAAGGUUCAUCCAAGGUCAACAGCAGCCGAGUGCUUCGGCCGCUAGGAGAGGCAAGAACGCUUUAAGGGGUAAGAGAAGAACAGGUGCUAAGCGAUAG